UGGGUCACCAACUAGUAACAAACUUCAAGUUAGUAUGUCCCCAUCUUGGGUCAGUCCUGGCGUGGCCUACCUCACACGGGGCUUGCUUUCCGUCGUUGUUCCGGCCGCUUCUUCCGUCAUUAUCGUAGCACGCCUGGCCUCUCUAAAAGGCGUUCGAGUUUCUCCAUGGAUUAUAUCUGCGGUGGUUUUGGGUGCAACGCCUCUCGGGUUUGCGGCAUACAUUCUUGCGGAUGGGAGAUCGCAGAAACGAAAGGCCAAACGACUCGGUGCCAGACUUGUCCCUCGUGUCCAGGGCAAAUGGCCUGGAAAUCUCGACAAGGUAGUGAAUAUGGUUUUGAAGUCCGAGAAUGAAUACCUUGGACGACCUAUUGAGGACGAGAUCAAGCUUCUGGGACCGACUGUUAAUUUUCGGUUUUUUUGGGAGGACUCCAUCCUGACCACGGAACCGCAACACAUCAAGACCAUGCUCGCAACUGACUUCGAUAACUAUGCUAAAGGUGCCAAGUUCAGAGAAGCAGCUGACUCCGUCCUUGGAACGGGCGUAUUUAAUUCAGAUGGUGAAACAUGGAAGCUUCACCGAACCAUGACACGGCCUUUCUUCACCCAUGAUCGGAUAGGUCACUUUGAGAUCUUUGACCGUCAUGCGGAUCAUGCUAUUGCUUUGGCGAAGGAACGUUUCAGAGCGGGCUUGGCAAUCGACUUCCAAGAUCUCAUCUCAAGAUUCACGCUUGACUCUGCAUCAGAGUUCCUAUUUGGACACUGUAUUGAUUCACUUUCCGCUAGACUCCCCUACCCAAAUGACGCGACAGAAUCCGCAAAUGUUAUUCAAGGAGACAACCCCUCCGCCGCCUUCUCAGACGCUUUCUCUCAGGCUCAACAGAUAAUCAAUCGUCGUAUCUCCGUCGGGCACAUCUGGCCACUUUUUGAGAUUCUUGCUGACAGCACCGCGCAACACAUGAAAGUGGUAAACGCAUUUUUAGAUCCGAUCCUCAAAGACGCUCUGGAGAAGCAUAGCACGGCUGUAGACUUAGACAGAAAUGACAAUGACCAAACCCUUGUGGACCAUCUCGUAAACCUGACAUCGGGUGAGACCGCACGUUACUAUGGGAUUUCUGUUGUUGAAAUGUUCUUUUCAGACUUCAAGAUCAUCAAAGAUGAGACGUUAAAUAUAUUGCUGGCGGGAAGAGAUACUACAGCCUCAACAUUAACAUCGGCCAUUUAUUUGCUUACAAUGCAUCCAGCGUUCCUCGCUCGGCUCAGGGAGGAAAUCAUAUCGAAGGUUGGGCCAACUGGAAGGCCCACAUAUGAUAAUAUCAAAGAAAUGAAGUACCUCCGGGCCGUCCUCAAUGGUGCUUAUUCUCGUUUCCUACUUGAGCCACAAGCUUUUAGGGAAAACAUGCAUGACACGACAUGGACAUCCCCUGAACCUGGGAAGAAGCCACUGUUUAUCCCACAAGGGACCAUGCUCAGCUAUUCAGUUUUCCUUAUGCACCGAAGAACUGAUCUAUGGGGACCAGAUGCAUUGGAGUUCGAUCCGGAUAGAUGGCUCGACGAACGUGUGAAGAAAUACCUGAUUCCCAAUCCUUACAUUUUCCUGCCAUUUAACGCAGGACCAAGAAUCUGCUUAGGGCAACAAUUUGCCUACAACGAAAUGUCGUUCAUGCUCAUUCGUUUGCUGCAAAACUUCUCCGCGAUAACACUAGCCCCUGAGCCCGCGAUGCGCCCACCUGCGUGGUGGGCCGAGAGAGACGGUCGGCAGGCUAUCGAGCGAUUCAGGCCAAGAAACCACUUGACACUUUUUUCCAAGGCUAGUUCCACUCUGAUUUGAUUUACCGCCAUCUAACUAGGCUCUAACUUGUAGGGUGGUAUGUGGGUUAAGAUG